CUCUUAUUAACACGUCGAGCAAUCCAAGUUGGAGAGGAAGCGAGUCAAAUUCUAGAGUGAGAAUUUUUUCAACAAUGGCUGAAGUAAUGCGAUCAUCAUCAUCGGAGUCUGUGGUUUCCAAGAAUAAUAGUAACAAAAAGAUGAAAUUCUUAUUAGAUUUUGUUGCAUGUUAUCGACCACCUACAAAGAAUCCAACUAUAAACCCAUCUCCUUCUUCUUCUAAACUCGUCGAAGAAAAGGAGGAUACGACGACGUUUUCACCCGUCGUCGUCGGCAAUGAUAAUCAUACCGAUAAUUCUUCUACAUCGGCGUCACCUGUGAAAAAACGGGCAACGAAAACGAUGACGAAAUCCAAAUCAAUGUCAUCUCAAUGGAAGCCUUCUCUGACUGCAAUAUCUGAAGAUAAAAUUGUCCAAAUUGUUGUGAAAAAUGUUGAACGUAUAACAACGACGGUUAGAUCAAGAUCACUUGAUAAAAAGAUCGGGGCAGGCAAUGAUAAUUCAAGGGCUAGGAUUCGUUCUAGUGAUCGUCAACGUCGGAAUCAAAGAUCAGACAAUGAAUACCGGCGAGAUCCAGUGCCGGUUGUACUACCCUCAUUCUCUCCGACCGCGUUCUUGUUUUGAUUCGUGGAGCUCAGAACAGUCGGGGACUCCUAAAUCUGCAAUUUAAUUUUUUUUUUCUUCCUUCUCUCAUUUUCUCGUUUUGACGACUUUUGUGCGUGUGGUACAUAGAAAAUGUAGAAGUCUUAAGUUUGUGAUAAAUGAAUGUAUAUAUUAUCAUCUUAUCGAUCACUGUAGAUGAAUGA